CCCUCUUAAUUCUGGCUCCAGUGGUCCACCGACCGCGCGGACCGUCACCAUCAUUUAAUCUUCCUGUCAUUUUUUUUAUUUUUCACAUCACACAUCUUACACUUUUAUCUUAAAUCAGCCAUCCGAUUAAAUUUGCGAUUUAUUUAUUUCCUAUCUUUAAACCAACCCAACCCCGUAUUAGCGGGCUUUUUUAAAUCAGUGAGCUAGUGAACUGAACCUACCAGAGCCACAACAAAAUAAAUAACAACAAUAAUAAAUUUAUUUAUAAAAUUCUGAUAAAUUGCAUUUAAAACAAGUGUCAAAACUUUCAGGUCGAUAAACUAUUUUAUUAUUUUUGGAAACUAAAAAUCUAUAUGAAUCUCACGCAACAGGUUCGUUGGCUAAACGAUUUAAGUGUAUAGACAGGUUGUGUCAGAAACGACAAGCGACGGAUCGACGGUUUUAUUUUAUCUAGGCGGGUUUUUUACCUCAACUGUUGCUAAAAUUAUACCUAAUUAGCCGUAAAUCGACAAACUUUAAAUUAUCUUAAUUGCCAGAUAAAAAAUUAACUAGAUGUGUAUAGAGUUCAAAUUAAAUAUUAAUGGAUGCAAAUUCGAUCGAUUAAAUGAUAACUGAGGCGAAUUAACAUAAAUUUGAUGUUUGAUUAGAGAAAUGUAGGCACUAAAUGAAAGGAUUAGUCUAUUGGAGAGUACAUUCGACGAUUGACCGAAUGAAAACAAACAAUUGCACCGCGUGGACGCGCAACUGUAACUAGUCUAGAAACACGUGUGAGAUAAUAAUUAUGAGUAUGAUGUACGGGAGAUUAAUUAUUAUUACACUUGCCUUAGGCGUCUGUUAUUGUAACCCAGAUGCUAAACGACUUUAUGAUGAUUUACUCUCUAACUAUAAUCGAUUAAUUCGCCCGGUCUCUAACAAUACCGACAUCGUUGUUGUCAAACUCGGGCUGCGUUUAUCUCAAUUAAUUGAUCUGAAUCUGAAGGAUCAAAUAUUGACGACAAACGUUUGGCUCGAUCACGAAUGGCAAGACCACAAAUUCCGUUGGGACCCGAACGAGUACGGUGGUAUGAAGGAACUUUAUGUCCCCAGCGAACACAUUUGGCUGCCAGAUAUUGUUUUAUACAACAACGCUGAUGGGGAGUACGGAAUAACAACAAUGACAAAAGCUGUGUUACAUUACACCGGUAAAGUUUUAUGGACUCCACCGGCUAUUUUUAAAUCUUCAUGCGAGAUAGACGUAAGGUAUUUUCCGUUUGAUCAGCAAACAUGCUUUAUGAAAUUCGGAUCGUGGACUUAUGAUGGUCUUCAGAUUGAUUUGAAACAUAUAAACCAAAAAUCGGGAAACAACAACGUUGAAAUAGGAAUGGAUCUACGCGAAUACUAUCCUAGUGUCGAAUGGGACAUUCUGGGAGUUCCGGCAGAACGCCAUGAAAAAUUUUAUCCGUGUUGUUUGGAACCAUUUCCGGAUAUAUUUUUCAACAUAACAUUACGCCGAAAAACACUAUUUUAUACGGUUAAUCUUAUAAUUCCCUGUGUCAGUAUAUCGUACUUAUCAGUAUUAGCAUUUUACUUGCCCGCGGAUUCUGGAGAAAAAAUAGCUCUGUGUAUUAACAUUCUCCUGUCCCAAACAAUGUUCUUUUUACUGAUAUCCGAAAUAAUACCGUCGACGUCGUUAGCGUUGCCGUUGCUGGGAAAAUAUUUACUUUUCACGAUGGUAUUGGUCGGAUUGUCCGUUGUCGUAACAAUUAUAAUACUCAAUGUACAUUAUCGUAAACCCAGUACACAUAAAAUGGCGCCGUGGGUUAGAACGGUGUUUAUAAGAAAAUUACCGAAGUUACUAUUAAUGCGAGUACCCGAAAAUUUGCUGAAUGAGCUGGCGGCUAAUAAAAUCUACGGACGGGGAAAGGCCGCUAAAAAAACGAAAUUCGAAGCUGCCAUUUCAGCGGCUAUGAGAUCGCCGUCUGUGAUGUCGUCCCCUGAAUCGAUAAGGCGCAGAGGUUGCAAUGGAUUACACACGACUUCUGGAAACAGAUUUAUUGGUCUAGAGGCUGGAAUGGCCGGAUAUAAUGGACUCCCGACUGUCAUGUCGGGUCUGGAUGAGUCUAUGAGUGAUGUAGCACCGAAAAAAAAAUUUCCUUUCGAGUUGGAGAAAGCUAUUCACAAUGUCAUGUUCAUUCAACAUCACAUUCAACGUCAAGACGAAUUUAAUGCGGAAGAUCAAGAUUGGGGAUUUGUUGCGAUGGUACUCGAUCGUUUAUUCUUGUGGAUAUUUACAAUAGCCUCGAUUGCUGGUACAUUUGCCAUUUUAUGCGAGGCACCCUCACUUUACGAUGAUACGAAACCUAUCGACAUGCAGCUAUCUGCUAUCGCUCAACAGCAAUUUCCGCCUCGCAAUCCGACUUUACUCAAAGGUAUUCUACCACAGCGCGCAGACUAAAAAAUUAUUUAAACUUUUAAGGAAAGUCAACUCAAAAAAAUAACAAUAAACAACUCAAUAAGUUUAAAAAUAAAUU